AUUCUUGAGAGACACCGGAGGCGUCGAGUUAAAUAGUUCAGUCGAAGAGGCGCAUUUCAUCUGAAAACCUAUAACACUGGAAGAAUCAGCAUGGCCGAGCAAAGGCUGAUGUUUAUAGAUAUUGAACCGAAGUCAAACAGCUCCGCUCCUGCUGAAGGCAGAGUCGAGAAAUCCCUCUGGACUCGUAGUGACAACAGCUUCAGAUUCAGCUUCUUCACUGACAACUCUCCAGCACUUCAGGAGAGAACAUCUCCAUCAGAAGGGACCGAGCCUGCACAGAGCCAGAUAUCGUUUACUGGACAGGGCUCUGCUUUUGCCUUCAGUUUCCAAAUCCCCAGUCUUCCACCUGCACAAGACAUGGAGACAGCAGAGACCCCAGACAUGUCUUCUCCUGGAAGCCAACCGUGUGUCCAAGAGGAAAAACCUUCCUCACUCCAGGAGGUUAACUCUCCACCUGAACUGUCAGUGCAAUCUAAGGCAAAGAAGAAGAAGAAGAAAUCUGGGAAGAAACAAGCCUCAGAUACCACUGAGGCACCACAGAAACCAGCUGAGGAGAGUCAAGGAGGUGAAGACACAGAAGACACAGAGCUGAGUGCGGAGGAGCAGCUGAACAGACAGCUGGACUGGUGCAUCGAGCAGCUGGAGCUUGGAUUGAGAUCCCAGAAGGGCACACCAAAACAGAAGGAGGAGGCCUCUCGUGCCCUGAAGACUCUACGUAGCUCCAAAGCUCCCCUGGUCAAGAAGAGGCAGGUGAUGAGAGCCAUGACUGGAGAGUAUAGGAAAAAAAUGGAAGAAGAGAAGAAGAAGCAGUUCAAGCUCAUUCAGAGUGAAAUUGCAUCAGCUCAGGUCAAGGUUGUGUCAGAUUCCCAUAAGAAGUCGGUUUUCCACCGAAAAGCUAAAGUCAAAACCCAGACCCCGGCCACAGAAGAGAACCCGCAGCAAACUGAAGCCCAGGAUACGGACCUGACACCACAGACUCAGGAGGAGACACCUGCUCUUGUCUUUAUACCAUCAAAGGAAGAGUUUUGCUUCAAUUUUCUCUAAUUUCUAACCCUGAAGACAAACUUUUCUCCAUCGGUUUUGUUGAGCUGUGCCUGGACAGUCUGGUCUGAGCUGGAUAUUCUUUAUGAUAGAAGCAAUGAAAAGCACACAACACGAGGUGCUGCAAUGGGAAUAAUGGGAGAAAAACUGUUUCACUCUCAGUGCCAAUAUUCAAAACCCUUAACUGGUUGCUGCUUGU